AUGGAAACAGAGCUGUCUUCACCUUACACCUCGCGCGAGAUGCGGAAUAAUUCAGAACAACUAUCACUCUCUGUAGAUUCGUCUAGAUUCUCCAAUGGUGCUAGCAACGAUGGAGUUUCGUUGAAUACAUCCGCAACCGUCGUAUGCGAUGCCGAGAAAGUUCUUGCUACACCCGAAUGGUGGAUGAACGCUUAUCGGCGGUGUACAUCUCAUUUGCAGAGUUAUUCGGCUGGGCGAAUGUUCAAGUUUAAUAACCCGAACUCAUAUAACUGGGCAAAUAACCUACUUGCUGGUCUGGCGAUCCUUUUCUAUGGUUAUGACCAAGGAGUCAUGUCCCAAGUAAACCUUAAUGAGGAUUACCUGAAAUUGAUGGGCAUAUACCCCACCAUGGGAAACUCACGUAACCUGGCGGCCCUUGGAGGAAUAGUUUCUGUUUAUUACGGCGGUUCUCUCAUUGGAGCACUCCUUGGCGGUUCCAUUGCCGACAGGUCGGGCCGUAUCGCUGCCAUAAUAUUGGGUGUCAUUAUCUCGAUUAUCGGAGCAAUAUUCCAAGCCUCCGCGAUGAACAUCACCUGGAUGUGUUGCGCACGAGUCGUGACUGGUCUCGGUGUGGGAGCCAUCGACGCAGUCAUUCCUGUUUGGAGCAGUGAAGUUUCGCCACAUCAAGCACGAGGCGGCUUUCUUGCCAUUGAGUUCUUCCUAAACAUCAGUGGACUGUCAUUGGCAUAUUGGAUAGAGAUAUUUGCGAGCAUGAAUCAGAAUCAGGUAAUGGCAUGGCGCACACCUCUAGCUCUGCAAGUUGUUUUUCUGCUCGCUAUCCUCGCGCUUGUACCUUUCUUUCCGGAGUCCCCUCGAUGGCUGGCGAAAGUUGGCCGUGUCUCCGAGGCACGUACUGUGUUGCAGGCCACUCGUAAGGACGGAGUUGAGGCUGAGCUCGGUGCCAUUGUGCGGAGCGUGAUGCAUGACCAGCAGCACGCAGAGAACAAUAGUUAUCUUCGGAUGCUAUUCCCGAGGACAAAGAGCCAGCGCGAACUACGAUGGAGAGUUGCUCUAAGUCACUUUCCUCUACCGGCUCUCGCACUUUCUCUGACGUCAUAUAUAGCCAUCGAUCUUAUUCAAGGUGCUGGUUUCAGCCAAGGCGAGGCAAAACUCUUGGCCGGAUUCAAUAACCUGUCAUACAUGUUCAGCGUGCUCUUUGCCGUGUUCACUCUGGACAGGUUUGGCCGGCGAAGUACAAUGGUAUGGGGGGCUGCUGGCAUGGCGUUGCUCCUGCUCAUUGGCGGCAUCUUGGACAAAUACGCGCAGGCGGGGGGCCCCAAUCAACGGGCAUAUGGCGCCGGUGUUGUAGCCAUGACAUUCCUCUAUACUGGCACGUUUGGCGCCACCUGGUUAGUAACUCCGUGGCUUUAUCCAACUGAACUCUUUCCCUACUAUGUUCGCGCCAAAGGAGGCGCAUGGUCUGUUGUUGGAUGGUCCAUAGGAAAUGGCAUCGUGACUAUGAUUACCCCUUUCCUGUUUCAGGCGAUCGAAUAUGGUGUUCUCCUACUCCUCUUUGGCCUCAACAUAUUCAUCCGGAAACUUCGGGUCGUCCUCUCGAAGCAAAUCGAUGAUUUCUUCAGCAAUGCGACAUCUUGGAACGUUUUCACCGCGUCUAAACAAAUACGGGAGCAAGGUUUCACAGACUAUCGAUGGACACGCAAAUACCAUGAUGGAAUUGAACAGCCAAAUACAGAUGUAUACGCUGAGAGGCACGGGUGGGCGAACAAGCUGAGGCGCCGUGCUUCGGAUGCAGGACUCAUGUAA